AUGGUCUUGUUGUCGGUCGGUGAGACUCGCGGGUGCGCGCUACUAUACUGUACACCAGCCGUGGCGACGACGACCGCGAUACGGGGCGGCGUGCUAAUGUGGCCGACCGCGUGUUUCUGGAACGUGUGCGGCGUGUUCACCAUGGACAUGACGUACAACCGGUUCGAACGGUGGUACUCGGCGUGGGUGCUGGCGUCUGGCGUGAUGAACAUGGUCAUCACGCCGUGGAGCGUGUGCGUGCUGGACGGCUGGUGUGACGACCACUUAUCCACCACGUACCGGCGGCUGUACACCAGGCUGGUGGCGGUCACUUGUCUGGUGUCCCGGGCGACCAUCGUGUACAAGGCGUACAGACACUUGGCCGGUUUCAAGGGCCAGGAGUACGAGUACGAACGCCGCUGGCCCAUUUCCGGGUCGUGCAGACACCAGUACCGGCUUUACGCGUUGUACGUGGUUGUCGGGUACCUGGCCAUCGUCUUGCCGGUCAACCUGAUGCGGCUGUACCUGCUGUAUAGGAACGAGGAGUUUGGUGACUCGAAACUUCUACUAUUCUUCUUCAACAUGUACUCGCAGAACUGGAGUAUGUGCUGCAUGGAGACACACUUUGCCAUCCUGUGCUUCGGCGUUUACCUAAAGUUCCGAGCCAUUAACGACGAGCUGUCGUCAGUCCGGUCGGACGUCAUGGUCAGCAACAGGUAUCCGAUGGCGCUCCGGUCGUCGUCGUCAACGGCAUCCGCGGCCGCAGUCACGUCCGUAUUGCAAGACCCGCGUGGCCGACCGAUGGAGACGGCUGUCGAAGAACUCAGGGUCAGGCACAGGCUGACGCGCGAAUCGGUGGAACAGCUCAACAAUAUGUUCGGCGGCCAACUGGCUCUGUCACUCAUCACCCUGUACGUGAUGAUGCUGUUUGACAUUUACAACGAAGCUUUUCGCGUGGGAACCACGGUUUCUAAAUCGAAGUUCAUCUUUAGCUGGAUUCUCCAAUAUCUGUUCCGGUUUUUCGUGAUCGUCAUCACGGCACACAGUACGACCCAAGAGGGUUAUAAAACUAAAGUGCUUGUCGCAGAAAUAAAUAAUCGGCAUUUAAACAACAGUACGAAACACGAGUUGCAAUUGUUUUUGAAACAAAUGAACCACCAAUCUAUUGAUAUAACGGCGUGUGACUGUUUCACAUUAAACGGCCAUCUCAUCGCUUCGGCCAUUGCUGUUGGUACCACAUAUCUCUUCGUUUUAAUACAAUUUCAUUCAGAAAUUAUGCAAUUUACGGAAACCCAAAAAUCGUAAAUAUUUGUAGAAAACUGAUUAUAUUAUGCCUAUUGGACGGAAAUUGCGCAGGAGUGACAUUCACCUCGAUGCAAGGCAUGUACUCCAGAAUGAUAGCCGUGGCCUGUUUCUUG